UUUGAUUUCCAGUUAAAAAUGGUGCAAAUCUGGCAAAUGGAGCCAUACCCAUGUGGUGACCCAAGACUCCCACAUCAUCUUUUCCCACCAAAGAAGAUCACUCCAGAUGAGUUGAGCAAGAGAACCGGAACACUUUACUGGAAGUUGGACACACUUGAUCAAGUUGCUCUUGCCAAGCGAUUGACAACCUUGAAGCUGGAGCAUAGUUUCAAAAAAGAGGAUAUUUUCACUUUGGACGCCGAGACAACUGCUAACUUCGAUGAUAAGAUCGAGGAGUUAUUCGAGGAAUCAUCGGUUCCAUUUGAGCAGGCAAGAAUGAUCAUUGAGGGUACAGCUUAUUAUGAUGUGGAGGAUAAGAAUGGUCAAUGGGUCCGUAUUUUCUGCGAGUACGGGGAUUUGAUUUUGAUUCCAGCCAACACUUGCUUCAGAUUCACAACCACACCACAUAACUUUGUCAAAAUGCGUCGAUUCUACAAAGAUGAAGAUUCCGAGUAACGAUUCGCCCAACACAAAAACACCAUAAAAUCCCUAACUGACCUUUUUUCCUAAAUUUCCAAACUCUGAAAUCAAAUCAGUUUGUACAAAAAAAUUGUCUUGUAAACUUUUCAAACCAGGCCCGGUAAAAAAAAAACUAAAAACUUCUGAAAAUUCCCUUCCCAUCUGUCUUGUAAAUAGAGCUCUCUUCAUCUCUAUCUCGAUAUUUUCUUUCCUUUUUUAUUAUUUUUUUUUGCAACUAAAACUCAAUAAAAAACCAAUUUUCUU